AUGUCUGCAUCAGAAGUGUCCAUUGGGAGUCUGUUAGUCCAAGAUAACAAGGAAGGGAAGGAGCAGGCAGUCUAUUAUCUGAGCAGAACUCUGACAGAAUUGGAAAGGAAAUAUUCUGCAAUUAAAAGGCUUUGUUUGGCCUUAUACUUCACUGCUGUGAAGCUCGGGCACUACAUGUUGCCAUUCACCUUCUACAUUAUUGCCAGGACAGACCUAAUCAAAUACAUGCUAACAAGGCCAAUGUUGAGAGGCAGAAUUGGAAAAUGGACUCUGGCCUUGACAGAAUUUGCUUUCAGAUAUGUCCCUCAGAAAGCUGUAAAAUGA